CGUACUCGCCGAACAAAAACAUUUGGACGAACUGUUUGCCGUGAAAAUCCUCAAAAAAGAUGUGAUAUUACAGGAUGACGAUGUGGAAUGCGCCAUGACCGAGCGCCGCGUACUGGCUCUCCCGAACAAGCCGCCUUUCCUAGUCCGACUCCAUUCGUGCUUCCAAACCAUGGAUCGACUUUAUUUGGUCAUGGAGUAUGUGAACGGUGGAGACCUAAUGUAUCGGAUACAACACGAAGGACGAUUCAAAGAACCAGUGGCUGUGUAA